CGCCCUAGACGCUUUAUUCUUUGCCAGCCUGUACCCGUGCCGUCACCAGAGCCCGACACACAGCUACCCUUGCCAUGGCUGAGGACGCCGCCACCUCCUCCGAGGACCCGCAAAUCACCUUCAACGUCAAGGCUGCAAACGACCAGAAGCAUGUCCUCACCCUGCCCAGCGCCACCACAGUCGCCGACCUCAAGGCCAAGCUCGCCACGCCAGAAUAUGCAGACGUCCCCGUCGACCGCCAGCGCUUGAUAUACUCGGGCCGUGUGCUCAAGGACCCAGAUACAUUGGCCAGCGUCAAGAUUAAAGACGGACACACUAUACAUCUUGUCAAAGGCGCUGCCAGCAAUGCAAGACAGAACCCCGCCAGCCAGGGCACGGCAAGCACUGCGGGCGCGGGCACCACCCCGGCCCCCCAGGUGCCCACCAACAUCGCCGCAGGAACAGGCAACAACCCUCUGGCUGGACUGACUGGUGCGCGAUAUGCUGGAUUCCAUGGCCUGCCUGGAAUGGACAUGUUUGGCCCAGACGGAGGCAUGGGCCCUCCACCAACCACCGAGUCGAUGCUCGAGCAGAUGGAGAACCCCAUGUUUCUCUCACAGCUAAACGAGGCCAUGAACAACCCUGCAGUAGUCGAUAUGAUGUUGCAAAGCCCCAUGAUCCGCGACAAUCCAAUGCUUCAGCAAGUGCUGCGAGACCCCGAAAUGCGCCGCAUGAUGUUCAGCCCGGAAAUGAUGCGCAUGCAACUACAAAUGCAACGAAACAUGGGUGGGCGUGGGCCUGGUGCUGCGCCUAGCUUCCCAGCUCCUGGUGCUACAGACAAUACGCCGCAGUCAGGUUCCACAGCGGCCAGCCAAGGCACCACUGCGACACCCAACCAGCCUAAUACGACCGCACCGACAGACCCUUUUGCCGCCUUUGGUGGAGGCGCUGCAGCCGGAGCCAACCCAUUCGCUAGCCUGUUCGCAGGAGGUCAGAACCCAUUCGCUCCUCCACAACAGCAGGGCGCCAACACUGGUGCGCCACAAAACACACAAGACGCCUCAAGCACCUUUCCCAAUUUGUUCGGUGGUGCCGGUGCGCAAGGCGGACAGCCGAACCCCAUUGCAGAGGCUGCGCAACGAAUGAUGCAGAACCCAGAAGCCAUGCGCAACAUGAUGCAAAUGAUGGGUGGUCCUGGAGCAAAUCCAUUCGCUGCUUUUGGACAAGACCCCGCAUCAGGAGCCGCAGCUGGUGGCGUUGGCCAACCGCCGGCUGGCAACCCGUUCGCCGCGCUCUUUGGUCCGGGGGGAUUCGGCGGAGCAGGCGGCUUUGGCUCACCUCCGCCAGCUGACAACCGCCCACCGGAAGAGGUGUACGAAACACAACUACGACAACUCAAUGAAAUGGGCUUCUACGAAUUUGAUCGCAAUGUCUCAGCACUACGGCGGAGUGGCGGCAAUGUCCAGGGUGCCAUUGAGUACCUGCUCAACGGCGCAGUGUAGCAUGCUUUUCCAAAAAUCAUCUUAUUAGUGCUGAAGCCCGCGUCGCAGCACUCCCUUACCGAGAGCGAGAUUGCAGACAUAGAGCGAUAUGAGCAAGAUGAAAAGCGCAUGGCCGAGGAGGACUUUGGGAGUGACCUGGAUGGUAUACUAGAUGCCUACGACAGUGACGAAGACUGGUCUUUCGAGUCGGAUGACAAUGGACAUGCUCUCGUUGGUCUAUGAGGUCUCUCUCUAUACUCUCUACUCUGCUAUACAGUUAGAUGAGUGGGUAGCUUGUAGUAAUAUUUGGCACGGCGCUAGACUUGGUGUAAUGAUAGCCAGCAAAUGAUACCACUAGGCAAAUAAAUGUAAAGGUUGCCGC